CCAAUUUUUUAGAUGUCUCAAGACUCUCAACUAUCGAAUUCAAAAACUAAGAACCCAAACUUGAGCGUACAAAUAUAGAGAACCAGAUGGUUGCAAAUUGGGUUUGCUUGUGGGCAAAAACAAAGGCAAAGGAGGAUAUCGCACAAGCAUUCGCAAUGCGUAGUUUGGUGUGCAAGGAAGAUUCUGAUGUGGAGAAGUUGCACCCGCCGUUGAGAUUAUUCUCAGUCGUUCCGUCCAUCGUUGAUUGCUUUGCCGGCGAUACGCCAGAGGGAGCGCGGAGGCUAUUCAUUGUUCACGAAGAGCCUCCUGGCGAGUCGCUGGAGGAGCUUGUGCGGAAAGGGUGGUUGUUCUCGGAGGAGGAGGUCGUCGGGAUCGCCGUCGAGACGCUGCAGGUGCUGCCGUAUCUCAAUCAGCAUCGAAAGCACCUGAACCGGAUAUCUGAGAAGCUGCUCAAUGCUCGGUCGCCACGUCAGCAAGAAUGGGAAAUCGAAUCACUAAUUAGUCAAUCUAACAUCUGCUCGGGCAACGUUAUCGUGGAUGCGGAGAGAGCGAGGGGGGGAGGGUUAUCAUGGGUAGGGCAUGUCAAGCUGCUGUCGGGACCCGGCGCGCCUUGGACGGCGGGGCCUCCACGUGGAGGCGCGUCGGCGGCGGUGACGUGGCAAGCCGCUGGCAAUAGUAAUAUAAGUAACGUGGCUCGCUCAUCUGCGGACCCGCAGCUCGAGCGGCAGAGAGCAAUUGUUCAGUCGGAUUUCUUCACUCUUGGAUUGACAGCUGUCCACGUGGCCACAGGAGAGCCGCCGUCGCUGACGAUUCGAGACCUGCAGUUUCGGAAUCGGGUCCGUCUUCGCGACCACGUGCAGAUGACCGAUCGUUUGGCGCAGACACUGGAGCGGCUGCUCCUCUUCCACUACGUGCCCGGUAGCAGCUAUGGCUUCCAGCACGUGAAUGACGUCAUCCAAGCUCUGCGAGGCAGCUAGACUGCCCUACCGGGGGCAUGUCCAGCUGCCUCUCGAGGCCUCCCACUUCCCAGCUCGACGCCUGAUGAGCCCGCUUCUCGACCGGGGCCUGGCUCUAAUACUCCAGUGGCGGCCACGUCCUCGUGGCGAGAUCCCGUCUCCAUGUCGUCGUCCGAUCCCGACCAGGUGGAGUUGCUGGUCAUGAGGGGUUCGCAAUCAAGCGUAGAUCAUGGU